AAAAAUUUGGUCAAGAUGAAUCUGUAACCUUGUUUAUUAAGUUGGUUAAAUUUCGCAAAAAAACCUCACCAUACGAUAAUGAAGUUAUUUGGAAUUCAGCAACAUCAUUUACUCCAUCGUUAUGGUGGCAAUUAUGUAAGUACAAUACUAGAACUGAUCAAGAAACUAAUUGUGAUAAUAGUGAUAGCGAUGAAUUAUUCGAUAAUGGAUUUGAAACGAAUGUAAUAGAUUUGACAGCCAAUGAAAUAUAA